AUGACGGUUUUGAGUUGGCUGGAGGAGCACACCUGGGAGUCCAUGGUUGAUCAAGACAAUGCCCUGCGGGACUGCUAUAUUGACCAAAAAGAAACGAUUGUCGCGUUUGAAUCCAGUGUGAGAUAUACGACAGAUACUGGAUACCUCACGCCAGAUGAGGCUCGUCAGCAACAUCUGGACAAAUAUGCUGCGUUCAGCAGGUCUAGCUCUUGA